CUGCGUCCGUGCGACUGUUUAUGACCUAGUUAUCAGCGCGAACUUCCCAGACCCAGCCAUCCUUGUCACACCCAGUGUAACAUACACGUAUGCAAUUAGCUCCGGCAACAUUGAUAUACAAGUUGCAACAUCAUAUGCUAAUAGAAGGACGUCGAUGUGGACACUGCUAUAUGGGGUGGAUGCUCUCCCGGACGUUGGUCUGUGGGCAACUGUCGGUUUUCCAAGGGCACUGGACGUUAUCGACCGAGGAAAUGGCACCUUCGUCAUGUGCACGGGACACCUUUUCCCGUCGUCGCACCAGAUGCUCACGUACUUUCAUGCAGACUAUGCUGCCGAGUCUCCCUCGCAGGACACACUGCGCUGGAUCUGCGACUUCAACAAACCCUGUGGGUCCCUACACACCACAGGUUCAACCCAUUGCUUGCCAGACACUGUGCGGUAGUUCCAUUGAGUUAGCUGGGUUCCAGGACGUCGAUGGCCAAUUCUAUAUUGUUUACAAAGUCGACG